AUGGCCAACAUGAACAUGGCAUCGAAGAAGAAGGCGCCGGUCUACGUUCUCGGUGUGGGCAUGACCAAGUUCAUCAAGCCGAGAGGCAAGGUGGACUAUACUGAGCUUGGUUUCGAAGCCGGUGUUAAGGCCAUGAUUGACGCCCAGGUCAACUACGAUGAAAUGGACGCAGGUGUUGCGUGCUACUGUUACGGCGACUCUACCUGUGGCCAGCGAGUAUUCUACCAAUUCGGCAUGACCCAAAUCCCCAUCUAUAACGUCAACAACAACUGCUCAACUGGAUCGACUGGAAUCCAUAUUGGACGAACAAUGAUCGCAGGUGGCAUGGCAGACGCAAUUCUCGUUGUUGGAUUUGAAAAGAUGAACCCAGGAUCGCUCCAGUCAUAUUUCAAUGACCGUGCCAAUCCAACCGGAACCACCAACGACAUGGUGAAGGCUACCAGAGGCUUCACCAACGCCCCGGGAGCCGCGCAGCUCUUCGGAAACGCUGGACGGGAGUACAAGGAGAAGUACGGUGCGAAGAAUGAGGAUUUCGCAGAGAUCGGACGCAUCAACCACGAGCAUUCCAAGCGCAACCCUUACUCGCAAUUCACCGACGAAUACACGCUCGAGCAAAUCAUGGGAUCCACCAUGAUCCACGAGCCACUCACGAAGCUUCAGUGCUGCCCAACCAGCGAUGGUGGUGCCGCUGCCGUGCUUGUCUCACAGGCUUUCCUCGAUGCCCGUCCACACUUGAAGGACCAGGCCAUUCUGAUUGCUGGCCAGACCCUUGCAACCGACGCUCCCUCGCUCUUCUCCCGCUCCGCUAUCGACCUUAUGGGAAUCGACAUGACCAGAUUCGCGGCCAAGACCGCCAUGGAGGAGGCCGGCGUUACACCAGAGGAUGUCAAGGUGUGCGAGCUCCACGACUGCUUCAGUGCCAAUGAGAUGAUUGUCAUCGAUGCUCUUGGACUCAGCGCGCCUGGAAAGGCACACGAGAUGGUUCGCAAGGGCGACAUCACUUACGGUGGCAAGAUGGUCAUCAACCCUUCAGGAGGUCUUAUUUCCAAGGGUCACCCGCUUGGUGCCACCGGUCUCGCACAGUGUUGUGAGCUGAUCUGGCAUCUGCGAGGCUGGGCCAACAACCGUCUUGUGCCAAACACUACCGUCGCGUUGGCACACAAUCUUGGACUGGGAGGCGCUGUUGUCGUCRCCGUCUACAAGCGUGCAGAUGGAAAGGCACCCAAGUCGGUCAGCAACGAAGAGGUUGCGAAGAAGAGCGCUUUUGGCUACAACCCUGCUGUUGAGGCCAAGGGAUUCACAAAGGCCCAGGCCGACGCUGUCCGCAGCAAGAAGAUGCGCAGCGAAUGGGCACYCCAGGACAUCCAGAAGAAGGUGGAGAGCAGAUUUUAG